GCUGCGGGCAGAGGUGGGUACGCAUGCGCCAUGGGACGAGUGGCUGACGGGAGCGGGCAGCCGCGGCGGGACGGUUGAAUUGGCAGAAUUGAAUAUGAGGCGAUCAGCAGCUCCAAGUCAACUGCUAGGGAACUCAGCAAAAAAGCCAAGGUUUAUACCUCCAGGAAACAAGAAUACAAUCUGUUUGGAGAAAGAAGUAGAACAACUGGGCCCAGGAUUUAAGGGUAGAGAGAAACAACAGAGUGGCCUUGGACAUACAAGGGCUCUUUCUGAAACACAUGGACUAAAUGUAAGUGCUACAAAAGCUGUGGAAUUUGUUGGAGAAAUAAGUUCAAUGGAAAAAGCUAAUGGAGAAAAUAAGUACAAGGCAGCUGAAGUGAAGGCAGUAAAUAGAUUCAAUGCAGACCCAGUCCAUGUUGAAGCACCAGAAGUUGCAAGGCGCAAAGAAGAGCAGGAGGAGCCUGACUUCUUUACCAAAUAUUUUAGUGUUGUAUGGUGUAAAGCUUCAAAGAAAAAACACAAGAAGUGGGAAGGUGAUGCUGUUCUUAUUGCAAAAGGGAAGUCUCUGGUGCUGAAAGACAUGGAAGGAAAAAACAUUGGAAAAGGUACUGGAUAUAAAGCUAAAGACCUGGAAAGUCUUAAUGAAGGACAAACACUGAUGAUUGGAGGAAAAGAAAUUGAAGUGAUGGGUGUAAUUUUAGCAGAGGACUUUAAGAGUGGCAGGUGUUUUCAGUCUGGUGUCACAACUUCUACUACAGUUCCACCUGGUUCUUCACAAACUACUAUGAAGCCAUUCUGUUCCCCCAUCAGAAAUGUUUGCAAAUCCAGCUUUAAAGAAAAUUUACUCAAAGAUUCCCAGAGCUACAAACCUCGCCAUGAUCCAAAUGCACCAAAUUCGUUAGUUAUGCCACGUCCAAACCCAAGUCACCAACAGAUGUUCAAUAAGGCUGGUUUACCUGUGAUUGAUGUAGUUGUGGAUCCUUACAUUGUAAAUCAUCUUCGACCACACCAGAAAGAAGGGAUUGUAUUUCUGUAUGAAUGUGUAAUGGGAAUGAGAGUUAGUGACAGGUUUGGAGCCAUUCUUGCUGAUGAAAUGGGUUUAGGAAAAACAUUGCAGUGUAUUUCAUUAGUCUGGACUCUCCUGCGUCAGGGGCUUUAUGGAUGCAAACCUAUAAUAAAGCGUGUCUUAAUUGUCACUCCUGGGAGUCUGGUAAAGAACUGGAAAUAUGAAUUUCAAAAGUGGCUGGGAAGUGAAAGGAUAAAAGUCUUUCCGGUUGAUCAGGAUCACAAAGUAGAAGAAUUUAUCAAUUCCCCACUUUAUUCUGUUUUGAUAAUCAGUUAUGAGAUGCUGCUGCGUUCUUUUGACUUAAUUCAGACUAUAGAAUUUAACCUCUUAAUCUGUGAUGAGGGGCAUCGUUUGAAAAAUAGCUCCAUUAAGACUACUACAGCUCUUGUCAAUCUGUCCUGCGAGAAGAGAAUUAUUCUUACAGGUACUCCAAUACAAAAUGACCUGCAAGAAUUUUAUGCAUUAAUAGAUUUUGUAAAUCCUGGAAUACUUGCUCCUUUGUCCACAUUUAGAAAAAUAUAUGAGGAACCCAUUAUUCAGUCCCGAGAGCCUUCAGCAACAAAGGAAGAAAAGGAAUUGGGAGAGAGAAGAGCAGCAGAGCUAACUCGUCUGACUGGACUCUUUAUUCUAAGAAGAACGCAAGAGAUCAUAAACAAAUUUCUCCCUCCAAAAAAGGAGAGCAUACUCUUCUGCCGACCAACAGCCUUGCAGCUUGAACUCUAUCAAAAACUGCUUAGUUCUCGCAUUGUUAAAUCUUGCCUACAAGGGGUCUUAGAAAAUAGUCCUCAUUUGAUAUGCAUCGGAGCUCUGAAAAAGCUCUGCAACCACCCUUACCUUUUGUUUAAAGCCAUAAAGGAAAAAGAAUGCAGUGGAACUUUUGAUGAACAUGAGGAAUCAAAUCUUUAUGAAGGCUUGGUAAAUGUUUUCCCACAAGAUUAUACCUGUACCACUUUUGCUGAGGUUGAUUCAGGAAAACUGCAGGUGCUGGCAAAGUUGUUAACAGCAAUCCGGGAACUCAGCCCUGCUGAAAGAGUUGUGCUGGUGUCUAAUUACACUCAGACACUGAAUAUAUUACAAGAGAUGUGCAAGCAUUAUGGAUACUCUUAUACCAGACUUGAUGGACAAACGCCUGUCUCCCAGAGACAACAGAUCGUUGAUAGUUUUAAUAAUAAAUUCUCUCCAGCGUUUAUUUUUUUGCUAAGUUCAAAGGCUGGAGGUGUUGGUCUGAACCUUGUUGGUGCAUCUCAUUUAAUUCUAUAUGAUAUCGACUGGAAUCCAGCUACUGAUAUUCAGGCAAUGGCCAGAGUGUGGAGAGAUGGUCAGAAACAUACUGUGCAUAUUUACAGACUGCUAACUACAGGCUCAAUAGAAGAGAAGAUUUAUCAAAGACAAAUCAGCAAGCAAGAUAUUUCUGGGGCAGUUGUAGAUCUUUCCAAGACAUCUGAACAUAUUCAUUUUUCCACUGAGGAGCUUAGAAACCUCUUUAUACUACAUGAAGAUUCCAGCUGUGUUACCCAUGACUUGCUUGAGUGCAACUGUAUGGGGAAGAAAGACCAUCAAAAUCUUUCUGCAGAAAUGUUCUCUACGUAUAGAGGUUGCCAGCUUGGAAAAAAUCAUGAGAAGCCUACUUCAAAGAAAUCUCUUUCCAUGUCACAGCUGAUGCAAUGGAAACACUUCUCUGGGCAGCAUCAAACUCUGGAUGAUCCCUUCCUUGAAAGGAUAAAAGAGAAUGUUACUUUUAUUUUCCAGAAUGUAACCAAUCCAGUUACAUCCUCGUAAUACAAUCAACUAUAUUUUGCCAUACCCGUGAAGUAUAUAUAUACUCUUCACAGGUGUAGUAUUUCUAAAAAUAAAAUGUAAUAAAAUAUGUGGUUGCCUUUUUUUUGGUCAAAAUUUAGUUCAGGCUUUGUGAUUUUUGUGGUGAGGUUUUUGUGCACGUUUAUAGUUGUUAAUAUUUUAUGUAAUGUUAAAGCCAUACUGUCAAGUUAAUAAGCAUAUUUAAAAGAAUUAGAACAAGGAACUUUAAAAAUCUAGGGUUUUUUGAGGCUUUUGAUUUAGUAUAAUUAGUAGCAGUAGCCUUUUAUUCAGGCCUAAACUACCUGACAGUUUUCCUUUAAUCAUAAUGAUUUAUUACUAAUAGACAGUUGGCGCAAUUGCCUGAAUGUUUUAAGAUGCAUUAGGCUGUACUUCAUAUGUGAGGUUUACAAGUGUCUGAUUGGAUUUGUGCCU